AUGGGCGAAGUGAUUGAAAAACAAAGCCUUGACACGAUCAAGAUUUUUCGGAUGGAGAUUAUUAAGACAUCCCUUAUGCGAGCAUGCAAUCAUUCCCUCCUACCUACCAAUGGGGUUGACAGAGUACGGAGAUAUCGGACUGAAGCAUUUGGGCGCCAACCAACAAACUACUGGCAGGGUGUCUUCAGUGUCUUAUCUUACACAAAGUAUUUCAAUGUGGAUACAGAUGUUGUUGUAAACAGAGUGAUGAGUUCCUUGAAUCCAGUCUUCAAUUCUUAA